UCACAUGAUCAAGUGGCCCCUUCACAUAACUUAUCUACCGCUGUAGCAGACUUCACGGUGCACUGAUGCAGCCCUUUCGCAACAAAAACAUGCAGACAAGGAUAUAUAUUUUACUGUGAAGAAUUAUUGCAAAGUUAAUGGACUUCAUGACAUUCUUUUGGAUACGAAAGUAGGCUACUUUGUCUUUUUACUUUUCUAACCAUUGUAGGGUAAGUGACAGGAGUGCGACACAAAGUGCAAUGAGUGAAUAACUUUCUACCGGGUUUAAUAACAGAGGCUUCUGGGAGAACAACAACAACCAAAGGUUCUGAAGUCUGAACGCACCCUGGUACUGACCUUUGACCUCUAGCCAUGUCUCAGAGUAACCCCUCCUUCCAGCUCAUCCAGACUCUGAGGAAGUCUCCCGCUGUGUUCCGCCGCCGGUUCCACCUCCGGCCCAACCGCACCGCUACCCUCUCCCACGGGGAUCCCCUCUACAAGGUGCUCUACCUGGGCACUGAGAAAAUCUACUCCCUGGAUCUGGAGCAGGCCCAGGGGGCCAUAGGCCUGCUGCUCCAGCAGUGGGCCCCGGGGGCCCCUGAGAAACUGUGCAAGGAGCACGCUCUGGUGUUGCGGCGGCGUUACAUAGAGGUGAAGGAGAUUGCCACGGGGAGACAGCUCGCUAAGACCUAUCUGAGAGACAUUGCGUUCUGCGCGGCCGACACCAAGCACCCCAAUGUGUUCCUCUACAUCUGUAAGCAGCAAGGCCAGCAACUGCAGUUACAGUGCAAGAUAUUCUGGUGCACCAGUGCUGAGAGAGCUAAGGACAUCACCGCUUGUCUGGCAAGGAGCUUUCAAACGGCUCUUAGUGAUUGGCAGGGGCAGGGUAGCGAGACCAAUCACAUGGAGAAAGGGGAGGGAUCAUCGGAGGUGGAUGGACUGUCAGUCAUCCCAAGCCUUCAUACUAAUACCUCCUCUGCUCUAUCAGGAGCUCUAAGGACAGGUCGCUGGAGGAGGAGUAGGGGUGUGGCUACUCUGUGUCCUCUCAGAGCGAUGAGGAAGGAGAGGACAGGCAGCACCACCACCAAUGACAGCACACAGUCAACCAUUUGAUAUUUGACUUUGACUCUCUCUGCCAACUGAUAAUCUAUUGGGCCGAACAGAGCCUCACUAGCUCCUGCAGUACCCACCAGUAUUGAAGAAUGGACCACUGCCAAACUAAGCUUGGAGCCCAGAACUACAUUUUGUGUGUGUGCUGGCCAGCUGCACUGUGUGUCUGUCAUGAGAGACUGCUGCCAAACAUAUUCUUAUUAUGGACUUGAAUAAAGCUAAGGGUGUGACUCAAAAGCCCCACAUGCCACAGAGCACCCCUUUAUCACCACCAACAGGAUCAUUGUGUUUACGCCUGAGCACUAUUUUGGCUUGGUUUGAAUUUUUUAUUUUAUUUAACUAGGCAAGUCAGUUAAGAACAAAUUCUUAUUUACAAUGACGGCCUACCCCGGCCAAGUUAAAUGGGUUUCCAUUGCAUUUUCAACUCUACUGAUGGCUUUGUUACCAAGAAAAUUGACUUAUGUAGUGAGUGUGCCCACUCUGGUAUUGGCACGUUCACAUUAGCCAACAGCUCGCAUAAUACAGUACACAUAUAGCCUACAUGAUGAUAUUACUAUGGACAAAAGAGCGAGAUUAUUUUUAUUUAUCAAACAGCAGCCAAGCAUCAAUCAUCGUGUCACCAGCAUAAGAGCCUCAAUAUUUAUUGCAAAGGAGCAUCAAGCUCAUCACUUUGCACUUUCACCAUCCUGUGCAGUUCAUCAUCAUUUAUUUAAUCUGUAGCCUAAUAAACUGCAGCCUAAUAAUGCUUUCCCGAGUCGUAGUGGGAGGACCACACAUGUCAUUGCGUGAUUCCAAAUUUGAUUUGAUAUAAAGGUCAUUCCCAGCUAGCACAGAACGUUCCUGUAACGUUCCCUAAAGGUUCUCCUUUGGUUCUUAGAAAAAUAACUUUCACAGAAUGUUCUUUGACAGAGUUGAAAGUGCAUGAGAAAACAAUACAUUUACUAAGUGAUUAAUCGG